UCUGGCUGCAGGAAAAUGUACUGGGGAAAUCAUGUUAGAAUUCUUUUCACUUUGACUCUGGUCUGGCAGGCUGUUCAUUUAGAAAAAAGCCCUGAAAAAGAAGAACGGAAAGAAGUUGUGAAAGGUCUCAAUGCUACAGCGCUAAAGCAGCAGCCCAAGAACGAAGGGACCUUUACAAAUGCGCUCAGUGAUAUGAAUCAGAGUUACGAAAGUAGAAAGCAACAGAGUUCCAGGUCUUUAGUACCUUUCACUGGAAUUACAGAGAGUAAAAAACUGAACAGACGCUGCUGCCAGAAUGGAGGGACUUGUAUCCUGGGGACCUUCUGUGCCUGCCUGAAGUACUUCACCGGCAGACACUGCGAAUAUGAUGAGCGGCUAGGAAACUGCGGCAGCAUUCCCCACGGCGUCUGGGUGCUGAAGGACUGCUGGCUGUGUCGGUGUGCCUAUGGAACACUGCACUGUCUCUCGGAAAUAAGGCAGAGUAACUGCGAACUGACAUCGGAAACAGAGGAAAUUAUCAGACUGUAUUCUAAUGGUUUAAGAUUACAGCAAACAGUGAUUUCAGUCACUUGCCUGCUCGCCAUCCUCUGGAGUUCUGCUAGCUGGCAGCUGUGA